CCUCGGAUGUUGGACUGAAAGGUGAUGAUAGUUUUUCUGUUCUGCGUGUGGCGCUACUUGACCUUCCCCAUCACUCCCCCAGCGUGGUUUUGAACUGGUUUUGGUAAGCUCCCUUCUCUGUGCUUUUAAAUUACUGAAGUCGAUUAAGCCUCUUCCUUUUUUGUAAUUUCAGAUUAAAUUGUAAUAAACUAUUAUUAAAACAUUUGCACAGGACUGCUUUAAGUAUUUAGUGGUCUACAACCACAAUGUUUGUUUUUGUCCAGCUUAAAAAAUGGAUGCUCAAAUGUUUUGGUGUUUGGUGUUUCUUUCUGUUGUGAAAAAUGUGUUUUCUUACCAAGAAAAUCCUUUAGUCUUAGAGAAGACCCAGCUCACAGCCAUGAAAGGCUCUUGUGUCCACAUCAAAUGUAAACCCAAAAGUGCUGAUAUUUCUGUUGAAGGUGCAGACUGGUUUUGGUUGAAGGAUGAAAUUAGGACUGGAGAACAUGGCUUUACUGGCACUGUCAUUUACAGCAGCAAUGAAUCAAAGUGGCCCGUCAGUUCACUCUUCAAAAACAGAGUAAACGUUUCUGAUUUUUUACUCACAAGUCAAAAAACCCGCCAACCAGAACAGAUCUGCAACAUUUUGAUCUGUGGACUAACUAAAAAUGACAGUGGAAGCUAUUCGCUGAGAUUCUUUGGGAAAUCCAAAAAUGCCAAAUGGACGACAAACCCUGCAGCAAAUCUAACCGUUGUUGAUAAUCCGUGUCCAAUCACGUUUGAGGAGCCACCUGUGGUGUUGGAUUCUGAAAAGGUCACGCUCACAUGCUCCACGCCACAUACAUGUCCUUCAAACCUACGGAUCGACUCUUUAUCUGGAAGACUCUCCCAGAGUUCUGGAGAGGCUAAGAGCAUUUCAUACAGCUUUACUGCCAGCUGGAGAGACGAUGGACGGGAGUUUUCCUGUCAAACAUCAGAGAACAAGGACAAAUACUUGAUCAAGAGAGUUCACUUAACUGUUAAACCGGUUCUUAAAGAUGAAAAAAGAGACGACAUAUUUCAGUUAAAAGAAGGAGAAUCUUUUUAUCGUACUUGCACUCACCCAAAGUCAACUUCAAGCACCAAAUUUCACUGGAGGAAAAACGGCCAGUGGUAUAGUGACGGAGCUCGACUCGUCAUUGAAUCUGUAAAAGAAUCAGAUUCUGGAUACUACACCUGUAAGUGUGACAUACCAGGAAGUGGAGAGUCUACAAAAGAUGUCAUUUAUGUGUCAUGUGAGUAUCUAAAUUUUCUAUUCACUUAUUAUACCAGGGACUGUUUUGUUUAUUCUGUUUUUUAGAGGCAUU